AGAGAGAGGCAGCGACCGACGAGGCACCCUCCCUGACUUGACCAAAUCAACCAUCGUCUCAAUUCGACACCACACGGAGACGACCAUUCUCUUGGUCUCUCCCCCAAAUUCCAAUUCCAAUUUCAUCAUCUUCUUCGUCUACCUCCAGCUCGCCUCGCUUCCCCCACCAAUUGCUUACGUACGACUACUCCUCCACGCCCCAAAUCCAAAAUUCCCCAAUCCGAUCUCUCGCCUACCACCAAGCUCAUCUCGUUUCGUUAGCUACCUACCAAAUUAAUAAGGGUAGCUACAGACAGCGUAGCGGACGAGGAAUCCAAAUCAAAUCCAAUCCUCAAUCGAAGAAAUGGAGUGCGAGCCGGAGGAGCUGCAAUUCCUGGGCAUGGUGGGUAUCUACAGGGAGGCGGCGUCCAUCCUGCGCGCCCACCGGCCGCUCUUCGCCCGCAUCGCCGCCGCCUUCGUCCUCCCGCUCUCCCUCCUCUUCCUCCUCCACAUCGCCAUCUCCCACGCCCUCUUCUCCCACAUCGACUCCGACGACUCCGCCCUCGACUCCGCCGCCCCGGGCACCCCCGCCCAGCGCCGCCUCCUCCACCGCCUCGCCGACGACUGGCUCGCCCUCCUCCUCUUCAAGGCCGCCUACCUCCUCGCCCUCCUCCUCUUCUCCCUCCUCUCCACCGCCGCCGCCGUCUUCUCCGUCGCCUCCGUCUACUCCGCCAAGCACGACGCCCUCUCCUUCCCCAGGGUCCUCUCCGUCGUCCCCCGCGUCUGGCGCCGCCUCGCCGCCACCUUCCUCGCCGCCUUCCUCCUCCUCUUCGCCUACCACCUCCUCUUCGUCGCCGUCUUCGUCGCCCUCCUCGUCGCCGCCGACUCCGGAUCGGGCCUCGCCGCGCUGCUCGCCUUCCUCCUCGCCCUCGCCUACAUCGCGGGCCUCGUCUACCUCAGCGUCGUCUGGCACCUCGCCAGCGUCGUCUCCGUCCUCGAGGACUACAAGGGAUUCGAGGCCAUGCGCAAGAGCAAGGCGCUCAUACAGGGCAAGCUCUGGACCGCCUCCGCCAUCUUCUUCGUCCUCAACGUCGUCUUCAUCGUCGUCGAGGUCGCCUUCCGGGCGUGGGUGGUGCGCGGGGCCACCCACGGCCUCGGCGCCGGCUCAAGGCUCCUCCUGGGCCUCGCCAUGCUCGCCGCGCUCUGCGCUGUCGUGAUGCUGGCGCUCGUGGUGCAGACGGUGGUGUACCUGGUGUGCAAGAGCUACCACCACGAGAGCAUCGACAAGAGCAACCUCUCCGACCACCUCGAGGUCUACCUCGGCGAGUACGUCCCGCUCAAGGCCAGCGACGUCCAGAUGGAGCAAUUCAACCUCUGAUCAUCAACCCUCCGCUCCAUCCGAUCCGAUCGCUGUGAGUUGCGCUUGGAUUAUAUCUCUGUAAUCAUCAUAUUUUUAUUCUCAUCAACACAGAUACUCAUACCACAAAAACACAGUUUGGGAUGGCUCAAAAUCAGGCUGGAUCUCAAUUGGGAGAAUAACCUGUCAGCUGUAUUUGUACCAGUAGACAUUAGAGGUUGUGUAUUGCAUUUUCUGUUUUGAUCGAAUUCAAUCCCAAAAAGCAACAACAAAGUAUACUAGUGCAAAUUAGAACAACAAAGGCUAGCUACGUUGAUUCAACGGUUUCUUAGCUGUGAAAACAUGAUCAUGCAUUCAUGCUAAGCUUUGGAUAAUUCAGUGCGCUCCUGUAUUACUAGUACACUACUAUCAUUUGAAGGUUAUGCAAUCAAUGUUCUGAUACUAGUUGUGCAGUAACAAAGUUUAAGUUGCUUUUACCCAUAUGAUUGAGUCGAAUGCUUCAUCUCGUGAAUUGCACUAACUGGGAAAUAAUCGUCAUUAACUGGUGCUGGGAA